GCGUGAUGCGAUCGCUUGAAUUCCUCCGAAAACUAGAUUCUUAGUCAUACCCACACAACUAGCUAGCUCGCCACCUCUGCUAUUGAGCACCACUCUACAUGGACGACGACAUAUCUCUCGGUGCAUCGGUUUGGGGUGCUCCCGCAUCGCCAGUGGCAAUCAAGCCCAUCUCGGCCGCGUUCACCCCCACUCUCUCAAGCGAGGAUGGCUUUGACGACUUUAAGGACUUCCAUACUCCAGCGGAGACGACUACUGCAACAGAUGAGGAGGUUGACGAUGAUUUUGGAGACUUUGGAGACUUUGGAGGGCCGCAGGGGGUUGAGUACUCCGCUGGGUUCGAUGAAGAGGUUGCAUUUGGGGAGGAGGUGCGGAUACCCGGUCCAUCAGGGAUUGAUUGGCAGCCGCUCCGGUUGGACCCCUCAUCAUCAAGGCAGGACUUGCAAGAGCAGGUCGACCACAUACUUGGCCCUCUAUGGGUCACUAUUGACGCGUCGCAGAUGUCGGAUAAAGAGAUACGUGAGGCUGCUGGUCUUAGCCAGACGUUGGUCACCUCCGAGAGUCGUAAACUGUUCGACCUGCUAUUACCCUCUGCGCCGCCGGCGUUUCAGCCCGUGAACUGGACACGGUCACGGAUACGCAGACGGCAUCUGAUAUCGCUGGGUAUUCCGGUGAACCUAGACGAAGUCCUACCACGCGCGAAUGGAAAGCUCCCUGCACUCGAAAUCACGACCAGACCGAUGUCUGCUCCACCUGGUCCCCGCACCGCUCCAGCACCACGAAGUCAUGCUUCAACGUGCAAUUCCGCGGCGGGUUCACCACGUCCAGGGACUCCUCAGACCGCCAUCGCAGCAUCUUCCUCUGCAGCCGCGCAGCUACGUCUUGGUCCCCGUCCAGAGCUCAAUGAAACGAAACUAUCACAAUUGCUUGAUCUAAACCCAGAUAAACUGCUACAGCAACCUAUCUCUGCACUGGAGAAGUACUUGGCCGAUCUCCAGGCGCAAACGAUCAACACGUCAACGGUCUUGACGUAUCUGCUGCAGACACGGGACGCUCUGCAGCAAGACUCGGAGACGUACAAUAAGUUGAUAGGCGAGAUGGUUGGGGAGGCGCAAAAGAUCAAGACAGGGAAACGACUAGGAGGCAGUAAACGCAGUACUUUAUCAUAGCUUCCGGAUACCAUCGACAUCGCAUGUGAGCCAUAUCUUGAUGGGCGUGCUUUGCAUUUCAUGCGUCAACGCUGGUGCAGCAGAAUCCCGAUGCGUAUGGCAGUCUGCAAUGGCCGCUGCUCGCACAGAUGGAUAUCUUUGUCGACCACUGCCUCUCAGUGAUCGCGCAUGGAGGCACGAACCUUUUCUCUCAAAGUCGUUGAGGGCCAGGGUGAUACCUCAGGCGUAACAGUUGCGUUCGGUUGCAGAUGUCUGCUUUAUGACAUUGUUCUGCGCGAGCUGGAACGUUGUUAUACUUACAUAAACAGUACUUGUUGUUCAGAAUUCUCACAUUCAUAGAGGAGAUCCCGCCUGACGGACGUUCCAUUGACCAACCGUUUGACGGAAGCGUCGGAGCGGAGCCCGC